AUGAUGACAAUCUGUAAGUUUUAUGUCAAUGGCUUUUGUCGUUACGGCAAUAAUUGUCGUUUUGAACACAUCUCUGACACUAAUCAUUAUUACCACAAAAAUUAUCAACGAUUUGAUGGCAGACAAUCAAAUCAGUCUUUGGGCACAAAUAAAGUUGGCUUUAGUUUCAACAAAACAUUUGAUAAGAUCACGAAUCAGCCAAAUAUGACAACUGGUUCUGUGUUUAGCGGACAACGGUUACAAAUGAAUAGCAAUUCUUCAAAUAUAAGACCAAAUGAGACAUCUAUGACCUCUCCUUUUGCAAGAAAUUCUUUUCAAUUUGGAAACACAACACCUGUGGCCACACAAAGAACGGGUGGAUUUAGUUUUAAUAAAACUCUGCAACAGAUCUCAAACAAUGACGGACAACAUAUUGAUGACACAGACAUGGAGUCCGUUCCAGUGAUUGUCACUCAACAACAUUCUCGGCCACAGAUGAUUGCCACACAUGAGUUACAAAUGGACUCAAAUUUAGGUUUCAUUAACCAAUCAAAUGUUAAUCAAAUGACUAAAAUAUCACCAAAAAUAAGUUCAAAUGUUAACCCAAAUGCCAUUUCACAGAAUUUGAUUAACUCAUCGGUUAAAUCAAAUGAUGAGAUCUAUUCUAAAGAAAGUGAUUUAUCUUUAGAUAAUUUGAGACAAUUUGAAUGCAAUUCAUUUAGCUUUAAAUCUAUACCCAUAUGUCCUCCGCCACAGAGCUUAUGCUUUUGA